AUGGCGGCAUCACCACUCACAUUCAGGGUAGCCAUGCUCAAUGCGGAUGAGCCAAUGCCCAACGUUGUGAAAGAGCGAGGAAGCUACGGCAACAUUUUUCACAACCUGCUUAAAUCAGCAGCGGAACGGGUCGCUCCCAACGUCACAAUCGAGGCCGAGGACUUUGAUGUUGUCAGUCUACAGUACCCGUCUUCGCCGUCGGACUUUGAUGCUCUCUUGGUGACGGGUUCCGCCUCAUCCUCAUACGACGACAAGGAAUGGGCGAAAAGGCUCGACAAGUAUCUGCUUGACGUGUAUGACAACUACCCGCAUGUCAGAAUGUUUGGCAGCUGUUUCGGGCACCAAAUUAUUUGCCAGUCUAUACUACGUAAAUACGGGGUCAAAGUGAUCAAGAGCCCUGUCGGCUGGGAGUUUGGCGUCCACGAGAUCAGCCUCACCCCGGCGUUCAGCAAGGCCCUGUCCCAGCCAAACCAGCUGUCUGCGGACUCGCUGCGCCUACAGUUCAUCCACUCCGACCGGGUGGAACUGCCAUCUCCGGACGCGCUCUCCGACACACCGUGGAUUCUGAUGGGGAGCACCCCGAAGUGCCCGGUGCAGGGCGUGUACGAGCCGGGGCGGGUCUUGACGUACCAGGGCCACUUUGAGUUUGACCGGUUUGUGAACUCGGAGACGGUCCGCGUGUUCUGUGCCACGUGGGAUCCCAAGGAGGUUGAGGAGAUAUUGGAGGCGGUGGACCAGGACGAUGAUUCUGAGGCGGCGGCUCAGAUGGUGGUCAAGUUCUUCCUCGAGGGGCGCCAGGCAAUUCGGGGACUUGGUGGCUUAAUGACGCCUCCCAUUUGA